AUUGUAGGUAUUGAAAAUUUAAAAGAAAAAUCAUCAAAAUGCUCCUCAUACACCUCCAACGACGAAGCAUAUCGACAUCAUCUCAACUGGCCUCAUUCGGCAGAUGGUACCGUGGACUGUGGCAGCGCAAGUCGGACAAUGAACCUCCCUUUGAUCAUGUUACGCAAAUCGGUGACCCGGUACUCCGACAGAAGGCGGAACUCGUUCCAGUCGAAGCCAUUCAUUCGCCGGAAGUUCAAUUUCUCGUCAAGAAUAUGACGACUGUUCUGCGAAAGUUUGACUGCGUGGGAUUGGCUGCACCUCAAAUUGGAAUAUCACUGAGAGUUUUGGUCAUGGAGUUCGAGGAGAGGUUGAAAGAGUACUACACCAACGCUGAAUACAAGAUCAAGGAGAUGGAAACUCUACCACUGACGGUUUUCAUCAAUCCGGAACUGAAAGUUACAAACUACGAGAAAAGGAGUUUUCCGGAAUCGUGCGCUAGUGUGAAAGGAUACAGUGGGGAAGUGCCACGGUUUGCUGAGAUCCUACUGAGUGGAUUCGAUGAGAAAGGACGGAAUAGGGAAUUAACGUUGAAAGGAUGGAAUGCGCGAAUUGCUCAGCACGAAAUGGAUCAUCUGAAUGGUAUUAUUUACACGGACGUUAUGAAAAGGGAAACAUUUUCCUGUACCUGUUGGCACGCUGUAAAUGUAAACCGCGGGAGAGUGAGGAUAUCUUUCCAUGAAAAAUAAACGGCCGUAUGCACAUGCAAGUGCUGUGUAGGAAGA